CGAGAGGCGGCUGCACGCGCAUUUUCUCGCUCGCCGCCGCCAUGCUGAGCGUCGUUGCUGUCUUGAGUCUCGCAGCCCUCGCGCGGGCAGCCCCCGAGCCCCUGGAGGUGUCCGAGAGUCUGGCACUGGAUAAUGGGCUCAACAGGGGUGACUGGGGACCCAUCGAACUCUGCCCGACCCGCUCCUUCGCUUACGGCUUUCAAAUUAAG